CGUAUGGAGGCGUUUCAGGGAAGAGUUUUCCUUCUUGUGUGUGUUAAACUUGUGGCAGUCAGCUGUUGGAUGUGCAGUGUUAAAUGUGUGUGUGUGAGAGUGGAUAUUGUGUGUGACUGUGUACCCAGCUCAAUAGGACAACGUGAGAGAUAACUACAGGAUAUUUUCCCAUUUGUUUGGUCCUUUUAUCUAAAGGAAUAGCCUACCGACACCGAUUGUCACGCGCUCCCCUCUUGGCUCCCUGUGUUUCAGCUCCCUGCGUUUCUGUGUGCUAGUCCAGCAGGUCUCGAGGUAUCUGGUCAGUGGAGUGAGAAGUAAAUGUGAUCUCCAGAACCGGAGCCUGCAGAAGGAUAACAUGGCCUUAGCCGGGUGUCCAGACUACUUCCUCCUCCAAUCUAACUUCCAGGAAACUGUGGACCGGACUUCCUCCCACAGACCGGACGAUUUGAAUGGUCAAGGGUUUCAACUCUCUGCCCAUCGGAACUCCGACCACCAAGAUGAUGUGGAUCUGGAGGCUUUGGUGAAUGACAUGAACUCCUCUCUGGAGAGUCUCUACUCCAGCUGCAAUACCCACACAGAGACGGCCCCGCUGCUGCACAACAGUCACGUGCACACCCCUGAUCACGGGCACGCUCCUCAUCGGCGCGGCCCUCGCUCCCAGCGCCCUACGCCCCUUAUUCCCCUCUCCUGCCCCCAAGAGAGGCUGUGUCGCUCUCAGCCCGUACACAUCAACGCCUUCAUGAGGCUCCAGGAGGAGCAGCAGCAGUGUCGUCCCUCCUCUCUCCCUGCCGUCAUCAACCCCUUCCCUGAACUCUGCACCCCCACUGGCUCUCCCAUCCUCAGCCUCAUACACACCACAGACAACCAUAUCGUCAAUGUGUACAGUGAGGAUGGAGCAGGGAAGGUGGUGGAGGUGCCGGCUGAUAUGAGGGCCAGAGACGUGUGUCAGCUCCUGAUCUAUAAGAGCCACUGUCUGGACGACAACAGCUGGAGCCUGGUGGAGCAUCACCCACUACUGGGCCUCGAGCGCUAUCUGGAGGACCAUGAGUUGGUGGUUAAGGUUCAAGCCUCUAUGACCAGCGACAGUAAAUUCCUCUUCAGGAAGAACUAUGCCAAGUAUGAAUUCUUCAGGAACCCCCUGAACUUCUUUCCGGAGCAGAUGGUGGCAUGGUGUCAGGUAUCUAACGGCUCCAUCCCCCAGUCACAGCUCUUACAGAACUUCCUGAACUCCAGCAGCUGUCCGGAGGUGCAGGGGUUCCUCUAUCUGAAGGAGUCUGGCAGGAAGUCCUGGAAGAGACUCUCCAUGUUCCUCAGACGCUCUGGACUCUACUACUCCACUAAAGGAUCCUCCAAGGAGCCCAGACACCUCCAGUUGUUGUCAGACCUGGAGGACAGUAGUGUGUUCACAGUGACCACAGGGAGGAAGCUGCACAACGCCCCCACUGACUACCAGUUCUGUAUCAAGCCCAGUAAGGUGAGGAGUGAGUGCAAGGAGCUGAGGAUGCUGUGCGCCGAAGAUGAACAGAGCAGAACCUGCUGGAUGACCGCCUUCAGACUGUUAAAGUAUGGGAUAUUACUGUAUCAGAACUACAAGAGUCCCCAGCAGCGGGAGUCUCCUGUCUCACACUUCUCUAAUCCUGUGAGGAGUGUGUCUGAGAACUCUCUGGUGGCCAUGGACUUCUCUGGCAGGACAGGACGCGUCAUAGAGAACCCUCUGGAAGCACAGAGUGCCGCGGUGGAGGAGGGACAGACAUGGAGGAAACGUGGUCACCGUAUGAAUGCUCUGGGCAGCCCCAGCCUCCUCCACCCAUCUUCUCUCAGCUCAGUGAUCCAUAGAACACAGCUAUGGUUCCAUGGUCGCAUCAUUAGAGAAGAGUCCCACAAGAUGAUCAUGCAACAAGGACAAGUAGACGGGUUGUUCCUGCUGAGAGACAGUCAAAGUAACCCCAAGGCGUUUGUCCUGACCUUGUGCCACCACCAGAAGAUCAGACACUUCCAGAUCCUACCGUGUGAAGAGGAAGGUCAGAUGUUGUUCAGUUUGGAUGAUGGUUCCACCAAGUUCACAGACCUGAUCCAUCUGGUGGAGUUCUACCAGCUCAACAGAGGGGUGCUGCCCUGCAAGCUCAAACACCCCUGUACCGCCGUUGCCUUGUGACCCUUCACCCCUGACCUCUGACCCAUGAACCAUACGCCUGCCCUCUGAUCUCACUAAACUACUCUCUGUCUGUAGUUAAAUUCUCUACCCCUUGUUCACUAGCUCGUCAAGUGUGUACUUAUUCACUCGUUCCUUGUGGAUUUGAAAGGAAUGGAGUGUUGGAAGCUGAUGGUACAUGCUUAGUUACACCAAUGCUUUUAAAAUGCAUGAGGGGUAGUGAACAAUUGCACACUUUUGGGG